AUGGUCCUGUGGCAGUCCUCGCAGCGGCCUAUGUACGUGAGGACUGUGUGGGUGGGCGACUACCGACACGCCAUACUCACGCACGACGACCCCUACCUGCUCAAACUACACGCCAAGCGACGCAGACCCAACUCCUCGGCCAGCUGCACCACCACCAACUCCCGGCUCAGCCAACGCUCCGACGACUUACAAGAGUGUCUGAGGAAACUCAAUCUCGUACUCAAGAGCGACAAGUCCCGCAUCAACCAGAGACCGGUCACCGGUGAUAUAGAGCGUCUCAACUUGCAUGGCGUGGACCAAGACUACGACGACGAACUAAUCGUGAAAGCCAGUCCACAUACGAACGACUUUAACGAAGGAAAUUACGACAGCCUUAAUAUCAAUAUGAGGAACCUGAGAGCGAACAAAACGGCGAGAGUCGACGCUAAAGAGAAUACUGAACUAUCAGAACGGGUCCUACAAUGGCUGGACUUGGCGGGCAAAAUAGAUUUGCUGGCACCGGAAAACGUAGAGCGAAUGUCUCAGCCCCGACACAGCUGGCCGGAGCUGCAGCGUCGUAAUCAUAAUUUGUCGAAAUCGAAAACAGCAACCGACAUACAUAAGGAAGCCGGGCGCACAUCACCGAAAGGGGGGGACAGUCCAAAAGCGCAACAAAGCGGGAAUAUUGAUCGGCACGAAUUUUAUGUGCCGACGUCUGCGAACACGAUCGAGAACUACGCGCGACAGUCACGAAACUCCAAGAGCACGCCACGGCACGAGACAAACGUCAAAAUAAAAGACAAUCACAACAAAACAAAGUCCAGAGAGCUAAGAACCAACGUCACGGAGACGCGGCUCAAAGUGAUCAGUGAGAAGAACGCUGUUGAGAAGCAAUACGCGGAGAUGUUGAAUAAGAAGCUGAUACCGGAUGUGAGUAAGAACCCUAAGCGACAAGUUCACAUCUUCAUGCCGGAGCUACCGAAGAAACCGGAGCCCCCAGGCCCAGCAAGUAGAACUGAGAGUUUGCUAUCACAACCCUCGUAUAAAAGUUUAAAGUUUGACACAACAGCAAAAAAGUAA